CCGCGAUAAGGCGCGCCCAUAGACAUAAUAGACAAUAAUUAUUAUUAUAAAUUAGUCAAUUAUUAUAAAUUAUAAUAAACAUUAUAAUAGUCAUAUUAUAAUAGACCUAUGUAUUAUAAAUUCUAUUAUGUCUAUGGGCGUGCCGAGGAAUUUUGAUAACGGAACGAUUUUUUUGCUCCAAUAUUCCCGAGAGCAAACGGUGGCAUCGUUUUGUAAGUUAAUUAAAUUUCCCAAGUGUUUCAGAUUACAUUUAAAAAAAAAAAUGUUUACACAUUUUGGAAGAAGCAAUAUAUUGUGUUUAUGUAAACGUCAUUAUGUCAGAUUAGUAGAAGUGGGUCGGCUAAAUACACAAAAGCUGAUGAAUCAAAAAUAUGACACUGGUCAGUUGUUUUUUCACCAGAUAUUUGGAUGCAGAGGGGUGAUAUUGUUUCCGUGGUUAGUCAGACUAUACGACCGUGAUAUUGUCAUUAAAGCAGACAAUGAAGUGGGAAAUGUUCUUAAAGGAAAGCCACAUCUGUAUUAUCAAACUUUAAUAGAUGAAAGGGAUUAUCCAUUUAUUAGGUCACAAAGAGAACCUGUUACAUGUCUUGGAAAUCAGGACGCCAGUCAUGGCUUGUACACGAUACGUGGUCUAGAUUAUGUAGCUCAGGAAGAUAUACUUCCAUACACAGCAACUGAAAAAAAACCAUUACAACAUAAGUUUUUUGAUAAAUUCCUCAAGUAUAAUCGUAACAAAGAUCCACCAUUUAGUGCACAGGGAACAUUUCGAUCGUGGCAAAAAAAAAAUCACCCUUGGCUGGAGUUGUUGGAUGUUCAUAAAGAAACUACAGAAAAUGUUAGGGUGACAGUAAUGUCAUUCUUUGUGGGUUAUAGAGAAUCUCAAGCUCUGUAUUGGUGGAGAUAUUGUAUACUGUUAGAAAAUGUAGGUGAACAAAGCGUUCAACUGAGAGAAAGACAUUGGAGAAUAUUUAGUUCAUCUGGGACAUUAGAGACAAUCCGUGGAAGAGGAGUAGUGGGCCAAGAACCUAUACUCUCGAAAAAAUCAACAGCAUUUCAAUACAGUAGUUAUGUCAGCUUAGAAACUCCUAUUGGACACAUGUGGGGAACAUUUCAAAUGGAACGUGAAGAUGGACAUUUAUUUGAUUGUCGAAUACCUGAAAUUUCUUUAGAGGGCAAAUCAUAUUAUGGUAAAGCUACAUGUGGCACUGUAUAAGAACCAUUUAAAAUAAUUAUAGUAAUAGUAUUUAUUGAAAUUAAUUUUGUUAAAAUAAUCCUCAUUAUAAGUUUCUCGGCCGUGAAUUGUUAGGUGAUCCAUUCUCAAGCCACUGAUGACUAUUUCAUUUUCCCUGGGUGGACCAUCGUUCUGAUAAUCGCAUACCUAUUGCUGAACAAUCUAUAAUAGUUAUUCAAACAUUGAAGAAAUAAACAAAUUAUAUAAAUAUUUGUAAAAAUAAUUUGUUUUUAUAUACAUAAAUAUAUAUAUUUUUUUUAUU